GAACAUGACACGUGUCAGAAUCUUUAAGUUUAACCUUCCACUUUCCCCCAUCUCUCUCCCCUUUGUUUCAUUUCUCUCGUGUCGCCGUCUGAAAUUCCUCCACCCUGAAAAACAAAACCUAGAUGCUUCAAAUCAUGGUCGCUUAAAAGCUUCGCGGAGUUUGUUAACCAGCUCCGAAACUUCCAAACAAACGUGAUUCACUCCGGAUCGAAGAUCCCAUCAUCCUCCCCCAUUAGUUAUCCAAUUUCUGGAAAAAAGAUGCAAUGCAUAAUGGCGGAAGGAGCUUUAAUCACUCUAGACUCCGACGACAUUUUGGCAACAGCAGAUCAUCAUCAUCAUCCUCAUCCUCUAGCUGUCGGCACAGAGUUUCCCGAUGUGGAAACCUGCAGAAGAACUCUAAAAGACUUGGCCAUCGCUCUCCACUUCGAUCUCCGCAUCGUCAAAUCAGACCGGAGCAGAUUCAUCGCCAAAUGCUCCAAAGAAGGCUGCCCCUGGCGCAUCCACGCCGCCAAAUGCCCAGGCGUCUCGACGUUCACCGUGAGAACGCUGAACGCCGAGCACACCUGCGACGGCGUCCGCGACCUCCACCACCAGCAAGCCUCCGUCGGGUGGGUUGCUAGAUCGGUGGAGGCGCGGAUCAGAGACAACCCUCAGUAUAAACCCAAAGAGAUACUGCAGGACAUAAGGGAUGAGCAUGGAGUUGCUGUUUCUUAUAUGCAGGCGUGGCGCGGGAAAGAGAGGAGUAUGGCUGCGCUUCAUGGUACUUACGAGGAAGGCUAUCGGUUUCUGCCCGCGUAUUGCGAGCAGAUUAAGGUGUCUAACCCCGGGAGCGUCGCGUUCGCGACUGCUUCCGGGCCUGAGAGUUGUUUCCAGAGGCUGUUUAUUGCGUACCGGGCGUGCAUCUCCGGGUUCUUCAGCUCUUUUAGACCUCUUCUUGAGUUGGAUAGAGCGCACCUCAAAGGGAAGUAUUUGGGAGCGAUACUCUGCGCGGCGGCCGUCGACGCGGACGACGGUUUGUUCCCGCUGGCGAUUGCGGUUGUGGAUAACGAAAGCGGUGAGAAUUGGUCUUGGUUUUUGUCCGAGGUGAGGAAGCUUUUGGGGAUGAAUACGGAUACAAUGCCGAGGCUGACGAUACUCUCCGAGAGGCAGAGCGGAGUGGUGGAGGCCGUGGAGACGCAUUUCCCCACGGCCUUCCACGGGUUCUGCCUCCGUUAUGUCAGUGAGAGCUUCAGGGACACGUUUAAGAACACGAAGCUCGUUAACAUCUUCUGGAGCGCGGUCUACGCGCUCACAGCUGCGGAGUUCGAGGGGAAGAUAGCGGAGAUGAAUGAGAUCUCUCAAGACGUGGCUCGCUGGUUCGAACUCUUCCCUCCACACCUCUGGGCUGUUGCCUACUUCCAAGGCGUGAGAUACGGACACUUCGGGUUAGGGAUCACGGAGGUGUUGUACAACUGGGCGUUGGAGUGCCACGAGCUCCCGAUCACUCAGAUGAUGGAGCAUAUCCGUCAUCAGAUAUCGUCCUGGUUCGAAGCGCGCCGGGACAUGAGCAUGAGAUGGAACUCUAUACUCGUGCCUUCCGCUGAGAGACGGGUUACGGAAGCUGUGUCGGACGCGAGGUGUUACCAAGUGUUGAGAGCCAACGAGGUGGAGUUUGAGAUAGUCUCGACGGAGAGAACUAAUAUUGUUGAUAUAAGGACGAGGGUGUGCUCUUGCAGACGCUGGGAGCUGUACGGGUUGCCGUGCGCUCACGCGGCCGCGGCGCUGAUCUCGUGCGGUCAGAACGUGCACAUGUUCGCGGAGCCGUGUUUCACGGUGUCGAGUUACCAGCAGACGUAUUCGGGGGUGAUCAAGGAGGUGGCGGAUAGGAGGAUGUGGAAGGAGGAAGGAGGAGAAGGAGGGUUGAUGAGGAUACGGCCGCCGAAGACGAGGAGGCCGCCGGGGAGACCGAAGAAGAAAGUGGUGAGAGUUGAGAAUUUGAAGAGACCGAAGAGGAUUGUGCAGUGUGGGAGGUGUCAUUUGCUUGGUCAUUCUCAGAAGAAGUGCACACAGCCCAUUUGAUUGACACCACCACCACCACCACCUUUUGUUUUUCCUUGUUUGUUUUUUGAAAUGUAACUUUGUAAUGUUUUUAAGUUCGACUUGUUUGUUUUAGAGAGACUUGUCUUUAAUGGAAAUAAUAAAAGAGUUGAUGUUA